ACGAGCUACGACGCAUACCAUGGGCUGCAACAUGGCGCUGCCCCUCCUCUUGUCGAUGGCGGUGUUGGCAUCACAACGGCAUACAUUAACGGCGGCGGCACCCGCGGCGGCGGCAGGAGCAUUCGGGAGCUGGGUGACGGACAACCAGAAGGACUUCGCGAUCAACCAGGCGUUGUACGCGAAGAAGGCGGUGGGUAACACCGGUGACACCAUCGACGAGAGAUUGGCCAAGGCGGAGGCCAACAAGACCACCUACAUCGUUGACCCCAAGGGCGGCGGCGACUACACAAACAUCACGGCCGCCAUCGCCGACAUCCCGGAAGGCAACACCGGGCGCGUCAUCCUCGACCUCAAACCCGGCGUGUACCGCGAGAAGGUCUUCCUCAACCUUAGCAAGCCCUACGUCACCUUCAAAGCCGACCCGUUAAACCCGGCCAUCAUCGCCUGGAACGACACCGCCGCCACCCCUGGAAAGGAUGGUAAACCCGUCGGCACCGUUGGGAGCACUACCUGCGCCAUCGAGUCCGACUACUUCGUCGCCUAUGGCGUCGUCUUCAAGAAUGACGCGCCGCUAGCCAAGCCCGGCGCCAAGGGUGGUCAGGCAGUGGCCUUGCGAGUAUUCGGGACCAAGGCGGCGUUCUAUAAUUGCACCAUUGACGGCGGGCAGGACACGCUCUACGACCACAAAGGGCUGCACUACUUCAAGGACUGCAUCAUCCGGGGCAGCGUCGACUUCAUCUUUGGCUUCGGGAGGUCAUUCUACGAGGGCUGCGAUAUCAUAUCCAUCGUGAAGGAGGUCGCCGUGCUGACGGCGCAGCAGAGGACCAAGACGAUCGAGGGCGCCAUUGAGAGCGGGUUCUCCUUCAAGAACUGCAGCAUUAGAGGGGAAGGCGGCGGUCAGAUCUUCCUUGGUAGAGCGUGGGGGGACUCCUCCAGGGUUGUGUACGCCUACACGGAGAUGAGCAAGGAGGUCGUGCCCGUUGGAUGGGAUGGGUGGAACAUCAAGCAACCCGAGAGUAGCGGGAUCUACUACGGCGAGUUCAAAUGCAGCGGGCCUGGGUCGGACGCGAGGAAGAGGAUCGGGUGGGCGCUGGACCUCACCGAGUCCCAGGCCAAGCCCUUCAUCGGCACGCAUUACGUCUUCGGUGACUCUUGGAUCCGGCCGCCGCCUACCGGAAGUUCUCCUCCUUCCAGCAAAAAACCAUCAUCAUCCGCCGCCGCAUCCCCUGCCGACUCCCCCGCCGAAUCGCCAUCCUCCUCCUUCGAGGCCUCGUCGCCGGAGUCAUCUGAGGCCCCUGCCUCCUCUAAGGCGUCGUCGCCGGCGAAGUCGUCCGAGUCCUACUCUAAGGACAAGAAGAAGAAAGAAUUAUAGAGGACGAAGAAGCAAAAAAAUAUCUUCUUCGUGUUGCUCCAAGUUGCUUGGCUAACCAUGUAAAAAAAAAGUUGCUUGGCUGACGACGCGCGAUCCCUCUUCAUAGCUCUCUCCCCGGUGAAAUUUGACGGAUUGACAUUUCAUAUAUAGCUCAACUGUUAGACGUUUAAUUAUGUGUUGUUCCUUUUAUCAUCGUCUGAAAUUGUAAAUGUAUAUUGACGUGGCAACUAGUGCCCCGAUUAAACUUUUCUUGUAAAGAUGUACAUUUGUGAUUCUCUAUAUAUGUGUUCAGUUCAACCA